AAGACGAUGAUAUGCUUGGUGAGAGUUAACUGCUUCUUGACAUGACGUGACGCGCCGUGACAGAUCAGGCCUUGUGACGCGGAUGCGAUCUUUGGGGUUGGUAGGCGGUCGCCCGCUUCUUGGUAUUACCUACUAAUUUGAGGCUCGCGGCCGCGUACUAUUUUAUGGAACGCAUGCGGACAAUUUGUCAGGUUUCUGUUGCAACGUCGAGGAGCUGGCUACGUGCUUGGGUAGUCCGAGCUUAGGAUACUCUCAAUUGACUUACUUGGUCUUGCGCUGAUAAUCCAAGACCUAGCAAUGCUUGAUUUAUGUAACACGAGUCUUCUGGCUUGGGUAGCUUGGGGAGACUGGGUGAUGGCGAAUAUUCAACCAUGGGUGAGAUGCAACUUGGACUCACGAUGCUGUUGGUGGACAUCACGGCUUUUGUCGUACUUCUAUGGGAGAUGUUGCCCAAUCCUCCGUAACUUACAUACAUAUAUACAUGUAUAUAUAGCGUCGAUACCUCUGGGCUUGAUGCCUUCAUUGAUACACGUCACGGCAUUCAUAGCAUAUAGAGUCGAGGUACUUGCCAAAAACUCGGAGGUUAGCGACGUACAAACUGAACUCAGUUUGUACCCUCCGUGCAUGAGAACGGUUGUUUAAGUCGAGAAAAUGGCGGUUCGUGAAUGCUGGGUGUGCUGGC